AUGUCGGGCUCUCAUGCUCUUUUGCUCAGGCUUUUUCAGUCGCAGUCCUAUUUCUCUGUUCAUCUGGCAUUACAGUACCUGUCUAUAUACUAUAAUCACAUUGGCAUUACGCACUACCUUGCUGGACGGUUGAGAGAAAUAGAUGCGACGGAGCUGGAUGAUGUAUGGGGAUUUGUGUGCCAUUUGCUCGUCACUCGUCCAUCUAAGUCUUGCGCACUGGAGACAUUCAUCAUAGAACGGGCAGAACAAUCCACUCAUUCUGCACUGCUGACUUUCUGGUUUAUGCAAGCAUAUCUGGCCGAUCUGUCCACGACGCGAAGGACGACUCCCUCGUUCACUGUCUGUCAGCGAAUUCUCCUCAAAGUUCAAAACAUCAUAUUUAAUGACCCCCCACCGCAACCGCAAACACCAUAUGGAAAUUUGAUGGGUGGACUGCCUGGAAAGUCGCGUUUUUGGAAGCGGAAGGUCAAGCCCCGGAUAGCCCCCGCUGUUGUUGGCCUCGGUUCCAUCUUGGCUGGUGCUGCCGCAAUGCCGCGUCUGACUAUCUAUGCGGGUUCUAUAGCAAUUGAACAGGGCCGUGUAGCGGAUGAUGUCGCAGAAUCCAGAUCUGUCCAUGUAGCAGAAGACGAAGCGGUGCCCGUCAACACUUCUAAACGGAGUCUCAUUGCCCGUGAGACUGAAUCUCCGGAGCCGGAGGAAGCGGAGGAAGGCGUUGAUGAAGAAGAGUCCGAUGAAGAGGAAGAUGUCGACACUUUCGGCCGAGCAUCCACUAUGUCAAAACUGGACCUCCCCGAAGAAUUGGAAAAAGAGCACUUGAGGGCCUUUUCAUGGUCACCGAAAAUUAAGGGUGCCACCUUAAUAAGAAGGAAAACCGUGGGCCCCUCAGCCACCAGUCCUUCACUGCUCCGACAUCGAUCUCGCAUUUUCAAAUCUGAGGACACAUCUGCUAAUCCCUCACAUUCCUCCCCAUCCGUCUCCUUUAUGUCACCGUCGUCUCCCGCCCAGAAGGCCGAGGACGCUGCUCUCCAGAAAUUGGAUUCAACGUACCAAUCCCAACUUCUCCAAAGUCAUUAUUGUCGCUCUGAGGUCCAAUUCCUUCUUGCUCUGGAGAGUAUAUCUAACCGCUUGUUAGUGGUGCCCAAAUUGGCGAGAGUCAGCGCGCUACGUGCCGAGCUCACGGCGUUGAACCACAAAUUGCCCGCUGAGAUUGAUAUACCGAUGUGGACGUCAGACGCCGAUGGGGCCACAACUGCGGGUAAGAAUGUGACUCGAGGUCACAACAAGAUCGUUCGCAUACCGCCUGGCGAAAGUGUUGUGUUGAACUCGGCUGAGCGUACUCCGUAUCUUCUCCUGGUUGAAGUUUUAGUUGGGGAACUGGGUUUUAAUCCCAGCAAGAGAGGAAACAGGGAAGUCCUCAGACGUCUUGUCCUCAGUGAGGGAAGUACAGCAGUGAACUCUAAUGGCUUCGACCCAGCCCCGCGCAAUGGCGUUACAAGUUCGAAGGGGGGAUCAGUGAGACCAUCAUUCGUUGAUAAUGCUGAUCUUGGUGAAGAGAGUAACCAUACCCCUUCACACCCUAACGUUGCUCCUUCGAACCUGACGUUUGAAGCGCAGGAAGAAGAGGUUGACCUCGUUGAACAGUUAUAUGGAGCUGAUCUAUCCGUGCGGUUGCAGCCGCCAGAUUUGUCUGAUUCCAUUGUGCUACCUCUGACACCGAAGAACAAAGCCCUCGAUAUAGCUGCUUGGGCAAAGGCUCCGUCGUCUCGCCCUCCUUCACCCGCCACCCACCCUGCACAAUCAUCGCUCGAUGCUCCUGAUGAGUUUCAAACCGCAACAUUACAGCCCCAGACAUCUUCCCCCCAUUCCCAAGCAUUUGCCUCUCAUCAGCCUGUAAUGUCUUUGGAGGAUUAUUCUGAAAGAAUGAGGACAGCGGCCAUCAUGCUAGCUCAAUUGAAUGCAAAUCUACUGGAUCCCAGGAUCCGCAAUGAUGGAAAUUCGGCUCCCGCGAUGCGCAUGAAACUUCAGCCUUCUGAGGCUGCGGCCAUUCGAGAUAAGAUUAUGCAGGAAAUGAUGGCUCUUGAAGAGGAGAGAGUAGAACGGAUGAAGGAAACCGAUAACGAUGUGACUGUUUCGAUCGGACAGCCUCGGAUAAGUGCGAAAAAUGCCGAAGAUGAAACCAUAGUUCGGCGGGAGCUGAACAAGGUAGAUCCUUCUGCGGCUGUGGUUCGAGAGUCAUGGGUAUCGAAAAAGGCGAGAAUAAGAUCGGCUUCUCCAUAUGGACAUUUAGCAUCUUGGGAUUGCUUAUCUGUCAUUGUCAAAACAGGAGCAGAUCUUCGCCAAGAACAAAUGGCAGUUCAGUUGAUACAGGUAUUCGAUAACAUAUGGAAGCAAGAGAGUUGCAGUUGCUGGGUCAAACACUUCCGUAUCCUCAUCACUGGACCGCAUGCUGUAUCCGUUCAUUCGAUCAAGAAGGCAGAAUACGCACGUCGUAUUGCAGAAGGCCGUUUCGAGCAUGUCACGCUAUUGGAUCACUUUAUUGCUACAUAUGGCGACCCACAGUCAGCCAAAUUUGCACGGGCGCAGCGCUGUUUUGUCAGGUCAUUAGCAGGUUAUUCUAUCAUCACAUAUUUACUGCAGAUCAAAGACCGACAUAACGGGAAUAUACUACUUGAUCGUGAAGGUCAUCUGGUCCAUAUUGAUUUCGGAUUCAUGCUGGGGAACACGCCAGGUAAUAUGGGUUUUGAGGCAGCUCCGUUCAAGCUUCCGCUUGAAUACGUUGAAGUCCUGGGAGGAACUGACAGCGAAGCGUUCACGGAAUUUAAGCGGUUGUUUCGCGAAGGUUUCGAGGCAGCAAGGAAGCAUUGUGACAGCAUAAUCACGUUGGUUGAGUUAAUGCAGAAAGACUCGUCGUUGGACUGUUUCGCAACGUUCGGGGAGCAGACGUCAGUGUAUCUGAGGGAACGUUUUCAGCAGAAUAUCCCCCAUUCUGCGGUCGGUGAUUACGUCGACAAACUGAUAGUGAAUAGUAUGGGUUCAGCUUGGACCAGACUCUAUGACUCGGUAAGCUUUUGA